AAAUUCAGUUUUGUAUUAGUGGGGUCACACUCUUUUUCCUCCCUCUUUUCCUUGGUCUCUAUUUUCUGUAGAAAUCUGCAACAGACCAAACGCGCAAAGCGAAGCCAAACAUAGAAAAAGAAAAACCUUUCAGUUGCUUGCACGGUCUUCAAAUAAAAACCAACCUUUUUUGUGAGCUUCCAUAGCAAAGCCAAACCCUUCUUUCAUUUCAUUUCAGUUUUUUGUUUAGUUGCCUUUACUUAGCCUUCUGGUUAAGCAGGGAGAGUUAAUACUUAGCUCUGAUAUAAAAAGGAUUGUCUGUUCUAAACUUUUAUUCUCUUCCGCUACAUAUUUGAUGGCUGAGGAGAGUAUUAGUUCACCUUCUGCGAACAGUGGAGAGAAAAUUAUUUCUCGUUAUCUGAGAGCUUCUACUGGUUCUUGUCAUGAUUUCUGCAAAUUUGGGAAGAAACAUGAAUUUGACGAGAAGGCUAGGCAUCCCUUUCGGAAGAGGAUUAUAAAAAAGCCAUGUGAUAAGCCAAAUUUGUUUGAGAGCUCGGAUUUGCCAGUGCCACAGAGGAAGAAGACAUCAACAAUUAUUUCCAAAUCUUCCCCCAAUUCCAGAACUCAUUCCCCUGAUGCAUCUGAGGUCAUCAAGCUUCAAGUGUCCACCAACUCACCUGAUGGAAAUAAUUCUAGGAUGCAUGAAGUUCCGUCAAAGAAAGAAAAGAAUUUAGUGUCAAAGCUUAAGCCCAAACAUUCUACCAAUUCCAGUAAUAAUUCCCAUGAUACCUCUGAUGUCAUCAAGGUUGAAGUGCCCACAAACUUUCCUGACAGAAAAACGUCUAGAAAACAUGAAAUUCUUUCAGAGGAAAAAAAGACCUCAAUGGCAAAGCUAAGAUCUUCACCUAAUUUAAAAUCUCGCUUAUCUGAUGCCACUAAAUUCAUGCAGCAGGAUGGAUCAGCGUCUUCUGAGAGAGUAGGAGUCUCUUCAAAAGAUGUUUCAUCAAAAGCUAAAGAGAAAAGCUUUUCUAAAUGGCAUACUACUUCUUUGAAGCUGAAAUCUUGGGCAGAAAAACUUCCUUCUAUUUUUGCCCCUUCAGAAGGUUUAAGUGUCAGGAGAAACAGUGGAAUCAAUGACAUGAAGACGGCAAAAAGGACUGUGACCUCCAAAGUAACUGUAAAGAAAGUAUUGGAAUUGCCAAGAGCUUCAUUGUCCCCAAGAUCUUCUCUUGCUAGAGCUAGGAGCGUAACUGCUAGAAAGAACAGGAACUUGAAAGUUGUGCCUCCACAGAAGAAUCAGGACAAGGUCAAAAAGGCUGAAACUGAGCAACCUCUCACUGAACAUGAUGAAUGCAUUAAUGACACACUUAAAGAGAAAACCCUGUAUGUUAUCAAGAUGGAGACAGAAAAUAUGUUGUUGGAAUCUGAUAAAAAUGAAAAUUGUGCUGCUGAAUUGUCGCCACCUGUUGCCUCAUCUCCCAAGUCUUCAUCCCUCCCAAUCUCUCCAUCUUUGUCAUCACAUAGUGGAAGAGAUCAAGAUGAAUCAGAGUAUACAGUGACUGAAGCAGAGGAUGACUCUGACUCCGAAUAUAAUGAAGAUGAAACUGUAAAUAUUGAAAAAGCAGAACUUUUGGAAGGAGAAAAUGGAGGAAAGUCCAGAAAGGCUGGGAUGGCUUUCUCCAAUGACAAAGAUUCUCAACCUGUGAAAUUAUCUUUUAGGAGAGGAAAGGUCAUUGACAUUCAGUCUGAGAAUAAUGGUCCAAGGCGGCUCAAGUUCAGGCGAGGAAGAGUGCUUGGGGAGAACCAAAAUGUCAAGGCUGACCGGAGAACCUUUAGGAGGAGGGGAGUUGAUAGUGACAUGAAUGACAACAAACCUGGUGAGGAAAAGGUUGUUUUGAGACACCAGGAUCUGCAGGGGAAAAAAGAUGAAAAGGGUUUGUUUAACAACGUCAUUGAAGAAACUGCUAGUAAACUUGUUGAAACCCGAAAAAGUAAGGUUAAGGCCCUGGUUGGUGCAUUUGAAACUGUCAUCUCCCUCCAAGAUACCAAACCAUCAGCAAACACUGUCACUUGAUUUGUGAUGGAACUUCUCUAUUAACAAUUGGUAUGUAGGAGAAUGGUAGGAGAAUAAAGCUAAGCUUCUGAGAGGCAACUCCCAGUUUACGGAGCUGUGGAAGUGUAAAAGUAGAUUCACCAUUUUGAUUUUAAAGAUCUUUGAUCUUGAUUUGAAUGGUUGAUCCUGUUUGUGCUGAUCUGGACAUGCUUAUUAUACGGUUGUGUUAAGGAUAUGCUUCUUUUUGUUUUUGAAAGUCUACUAUGAUUGAUUUGUAUCAAGUGAAUAAAACAAAUUUGAUCCAUCAAAGAUGAAAUGAA